AAAACAGUCUUUCAUUUCUCUGUCCCUUUUACUCUCUCACUCUUUCUAUUUCCUACAAACUCACAGAUCACUAAACAGAGUGAGAGAGAAAAUGACAACCAGAACCAACGAACCACCGCAACAACCACCACAAUCAAACGGCGGCGAACGGAGACAAAGACUACCACCACCACCGCAACAACAACACUCAAACGGUUACAUGCAUCAACAACAACACCCUCAAUACUACCCUCAAACCCCCUCCCGUUCCUCCUCCUCCGCCUCCCUAAAAGGCUGCUGCUGCUGCCUCUUCCUCCUCCUCUCCUUCCUCGCCCUCCUCGUCCUCGCCAUCGUCCUCAUCAUCCUCCUCGCCGUCAAACCAAAAAAACCACAAUUCGAUCUCCAACAAGUCGGAGUCCAAUACAUGGGAAUAACCCCCAACAACCCUAGCGGAACCACCGCUUCACUCUCCCUAACGAUUCGUCUUCUUUUCACGGCGGUUAAUCCGAAUAAGGUGGGAAUCAAAUACGGAGAGUCCAGGUUUACUGUCAUGUACCGCGGAAUUCCGUUGGGAAAAGCUUCGGUUCCGGGAUUUUAUCAAGAUGCGCAUAGUGUGAGACAAGUUGUGGCUACGAUUGGAGUUGAUAGGGUUAAUUUGUUGCAAGCUGAUGCUGCUGAUUUGAUCAGAGAUGCCUCGUUGAAUGAUCGGGUCGAACUUCGGGUCUUGGGUGAUGUUGGUGCUAAGAUCCGGGUCAUGAAUUUUGAUUCUCCUGGUGUUCAGGUUUCAGUGGAUUGUGCAAUAGCAAUAAGUCCAAGAAAGCAAUCUCUUACUUACAAGCAGUGUGGAUUCGAUGGAUUGAGUGUUUAAAGAAGGAGUAAUUUUUACUAUUAAAUGUCUUUAAUUUUCACUUAAUUUCUCCCUCGACGACUCUCGUUUCUUCGAUUAAUUUUAAGAAGAAACGAGUAGGAAAAAAUAGUUCAUUAGAGGAAAUAGUGAGAUUACAAUGGCUAUCAAAAGGAGUAUCAACAAAUUGUUUAACUCCAUAGUCAAAGAAUGUGGUUUUGGAAAAAAAGUUACAAAUCAGAAAAAUUGAACAUUUUCUUAUGAGAGUUUUGCAUAAAUUUUUUAUUUGGUUACUUCCAUUGGAAGAAAAAAAAAAGCAGAACAACCUGUAAAUUGUAAAGUUGAUCCAUUGAGUGGGUUGGCUUUUUAAUUUGGUUACUUUUUUCUAA